CGGACAUCACUCUUUUGAUAAGAAAUUGGAAGUUCACGAAGGUGUAGUAGUAAUGCGAUUUUUAAGUGUAGAAGGAGAAUUGCAAUUAUUGUUGCUGUUUUCCAGCUGCUAAAGGAGAAACAGGAAACCAUGCCGACCAAGCUGAAGUUCAAGAUAAUAAAUUUAUUAGAUGCAAUGCCAAAUGGGUACCGUUUGGCCACGGUUGAAGAAGUUAAAAUUAAUUUGGACACCCUUAAACACCGAGCAUUAUUUGAAAAUUAUAAAUUCAAUGAACGUGGAUUCCGUCUUUUGGACGGUGGCCUCUUGUUGCCUGACUAUCGACUUGAACAUGUUUUCGAUAGAUUUUAUUGGUCGGUGGUGGUGAAGGAAAAAGAGCGAGAGGAGGAUGCAGGCGUUUGGAAGAAAAAAGGGUCAGCUUGUUAUCCAUCAACUGCUGAUUUGUUGAGAAAGCAAGUCUAUGAUGGAAUUAUUCUCUCUCCACAAGGGAGACAUACUGCAAUGGCCAGUGCUUCCAUCAAUUGUGAUGCAGAGGUUAUAUAUUGGCUGCUCAAAACUACAAACCAAAUAGAGCUUCAAGGUUUUACAAAUUUUCUCAAGUCAAAGAAAAUGAAGGAUCAUACAUAUUAUUCGAGACAAGGAGUUGAAUUUUCUGAAAAUUUGUUCGAAAGUUUGUCGGCUUCUGAGUUUCCACUACAGUUGCCACUUGAACAUGAUCAUUUCAUGAAUCAUUUCCUAGCUAAUGACAUUUUCAAAUCAUUCUACAACCCCAUUGUUUAUGUUGAAUUGUUGGUAGAGAUGUACUCUACUAAUAUUGUUCACUACAAAGGUAGAGAUGGUGUGUCCCUUUUGGAUCAAGUUACACAAAAAGCUAUAAAUAAUAAAUAUGAAGAUUGGAUUCCCACAUUGACAAAGCUCUUGUCGGUAUCUCAGCAUUCUGUAGAAAAUCAGGUUUCUGAGAUUAAGCAUCGCUUUGGAGACAUAUUUAUUGAGGCAAUUGAAAGAGGGCAUGCGCAACUUGUAGAAGAUUUAUUAAAAUUGAAAGAUGAUUACAUUGAACAACUCACUACAGCUGUCUGUAUGAAGGUUGCAGCAGGGAUCGUAUGUAAAGGCUAUCUGCAAUGCCUGCCUGAUUUGUUAAAUUUGUUAAAGCAAAAAGUUGGAAAUGAGCUCCCACAAGACAAACACGGAAAGACACUCUUUCAUUAUGCAGCCGAUUCACAAAAUGAAAAAGUCUUCCCAUUGCUUGCUGAGACGUAUCAAGAUAUGUACACAGAGAGAAAAAGGGAUAAAUGGGGAAGAAACAUUCUUCAUUGGGCAGCACUCAACGGACAAGCCGACUUUUGCAAAGUUUGCGUAGAUGAUUUCCAGUUAAAAGUAGAUGCAAAGGAUAGUUUUGGCCGGAAUUCUUUACAUUUGGCAGCUCAAGGAAAGAAGGGACACCUUGUUGUGGGUUAUUUAGUGGAAUCAUCCUCAGUGAACUUAAUUUAUGUAAGGGAUGAUGAAGGAAGAACACCCUUGCACUUAGCAUCUGCAAAAGGCAACAUUGAAAUGGUUGAGAAACUAUUAUCUUUCAGCGCGGAUAACCCUUCUCAAGGGAUACAUUACAUUAAGCAAGUCGAUGGCUUGGGGAAGACCGCAUUGCAAAUGGCAGCAGGUGGAGGCCAUACGCGUAUUGUGCGGCUAUUAUUGGAUAGAGGAUGUGAUCCCUUAUCAGAGCGUGAUGUCAAUGGAAGCACAGCAUUGCACUAUGCCGUUAAAGUAAAGGAUGCAGAGGUUGCAUUGGCCAUGUCGCAGAGCCUCCUAAAUAAAUAUGAGAUUGAAAGUAAAAAAAAAUCACUUCUGUUGUGGGCCUCAGCAGGCGGCAUUGGCACUGCAGAUGAAAGUGAAUGGGUAGAUCCUUCGGUUAAAGAUUUCUUUUUACAGGCGAAGGCAAGAGAUGACACUAAUUUGUUGAAGGCAGCAGCAGAGACUAAGAAUGCAGAAAUGACCUGGGAGCUUCUAAAUAGAGGUGCCCGUAUGGCAGAUCUUGACCAUUAUAGAGAAAGAGAAGAUGAUGGAGAUGAACAAAUAAGGAAUGCAAAAUUGGUAAUAAGAGAAAUAGAUAUAGCAAAGGAGCACGGACGAGAUAAACCAAGCCUGAAGGAUAAUCUCGAAAGAAAUGUUUUAGCCGAAGGUCUAGCUGCUCUAUUUUUGAAUAAAUUUAUAGAAUCUCCGAUUACAGUGGGCAUUUCUGGUGAAUGGGGCAUGGGAAAAUCCAGCCUCAUGAUUCAGAUCGAAAGCAUUCUGUUGAUUGCAGCCUCUCAGUUGUCAUUUCCAAAUCUCCUCCGUUCUGAAAAAUUUGCUGGAGCAGAGAAGAUAUCAUUGAGUACUAAAGGUCGAAAGAUAUACACAAGGAUGAAAAUCGCCAUGAACAAAUUAUUCUCAUACAGCGAAUAUCAUGAUCUGUCGUAUGAUGAGCAUCCAUUUCGCCCUUUCCCUCUCCGUCUGCUACGUAGAGCAAUUUUCCUUGGAAUAAACAAGAUAUACAAAUUAUUAACAUCCAGCAAGUCAGAGAGAGGGCUGGUGAAAUUGUUGGAGGAAUAUCAUCCCCAACGCCAUGGCAUUUAUAAGUCCCUUGCAUGCAUGGAUAUUCAUAAUCAAAUGCUAAGUUCACACAAUAAUGGAGAGAGUGAAUUCCAACAAAUGAGGGGAGUGCCUCGAGUUUUGACAAUUCGAUACAACGCCUGGCACUAUCGUGAUGAGCAUGAAGCUUGGGCUGGGCUAGCAGUCACAAUCACAAAAGAAAUUGAGAAGGCAAUUACUCGAGCACAAUGGUUCAGUACAUGCUGGAGAUAUAGUUGGGCUAAAAACAGUGUGAACAUAUGCAUACAAAUAUUUUUACCUUGUCUGUUGGUCACAUUUCUAGCAGGUUGGGUGGCUUGGGCAGCUUGGGCCUUAUUAAGAAAUGCUAAAUUCAAAGAGCUACAAUAUGGAUCCAUACCUUGCACUAUCAUAGCAAUUGUAUGGGUGGUAUUGAAAUCCGUUAUUUCAGUUGUGAAACCAGUGAGCACACAGAUGAUGGGAUACAUAAACUCACCAGAUCAUACAGUUCAUCUUGGCUAUCAAGAGCAAGUCAUAUCUGAUAUACAUUUCUUGAAAGGGGAACUUGGAAGAAAGCCUCACUGGUUCUUUUCUUUUAUUUCUGGUGAAUGGUGUAGAAAUUGGUUUGGGUUAUAUCCUGACAAUGUUGAAAAUACAUGCAUUCCAAAGUUUAGGCCAGCUUCGGAGGGUCAACUUCGAAUAAUAACCUUCGUUGAUGACCUCGAUAGAUGUGAUGAAAAAGUUGUUUUACAGGUUUUAUCGGCUAUAAAUCUGGUAUUGGCCGAGUGCAAGAUUAAUGUGAUUUUGGGAAUAGAUAAAAAAAUGAUUCAAAGAGCAGUUGAGAGACAUUUUAAAGAUAAUAACGAUAAAGAUCUAGCAGACAAGUUUAUUUGUAAAAUCAUUCAGAUUCCUUUGAGUUUGCCAGAUCCUACAGAGAAAGAAUCUGAUAAAUUUCUACAAUAUUAUUUAGGACACCAACCCCCUUUAAAAACUACACUUGGAAUGGAAGACAAUGAAGAUACAGAUUAUGGUGAUAUAGAUACAGAUAAUGAUGAUGAAAAUACACAAAAUGAAGGAGUAAGAGAAGAAAAUGCAAUGGUAAAUAUUGAUUGUUCUAAUGGAUUAAGCACAAGUUGUCAAGAUGAUGAAAAUACACAAAAUGAAGGAGUAAGAGAAGAAAAUGCAGUGGUAAAUAUUGAUUGUUCUAAUGGAUUAAGCACAAGUUGUCAAGCAGGGCUUAUCAAAAAGGUGUGUCAUUGGUCCACUUGCCUCUUUCAAAUUUUGUGUUUGCUUGCUUGCAACCUUUCAAGUGAACUUCGACAAAUGGAUGAUGAGUUAAACACAGAAGGAAUCCAUUCUUUGAGAUUCUCAAAAGGUGUAUGCUUAACAAGAGAAAUGUUACUAUCGAAUUAUAGCCUAGAAGAAGCUACAACUUUGUAUGAUUUGAAGAGAUUUGCCAUUGGUACCCAAAAACUUCCUCGUGAAUGGAAACGCUUUUUGGACUACCGUAAAUUUGUAUGCAAUGUUCUUUCCAUGAGAGGCAAAGUAUAUAGGCUACUAAAUUGGAAGCUAGAACUGGUGGCUUGGAUAUUUAUUUGUUGGAAUUGGAAGCAUGAGAUGAACACUCUCAUCAAGGGCUGGCAUAAAUAUACAAUUAUAUCCUCGAAAGGUGGAGAUGAAGUAGAACAUGUAUAUGGGCCUUCACUUAGACAAAUUGUUAUGAAUUAUGUUAUUGAGUUGCCAGAAUUACAAAGUUUUCUAGAUAUUGAUGCUGAUUUGGUUAGAGAUGGAGAAUUAAAUAGUAGAACAACAGAGGCACAUAGAAUUGAAGAAAUCCAAACCAAAUACUUCAAUUGGUUUAACUUAUUAAAGGCAUUAAAAAUCCAAGAUGUUUCAAUGAGAGGUAUUCAACUCUUUCAACAAUUUCGACUUCAUUGUGAAACGGAUAAUCUUCCAUGGCCUUUGCUAGAGUCUCAUUAUAGCCAAGAAGAAGUUGAUACCUUGGAUGAAAUCAAGAUGUUUGCCACUAGUAGGCAAAAAAAUUCCCAUUAAUGUAAACAUUUUUGGAACAAUGAAUUUGCACGUAAUAUUCUUUCUAUUGUAGGAAAUGUACACAAUCUAUCUAGUUAGAAAGGUAGAAUUGGUGGCUUGGGUAUUGUUUGUAAGCAAUGGAAGCAUGUGAUGAACACCAUCAUAAAGGUUGGCACAAUAAUAUUUCAUUCGUUUCUUCUUUGAUUGAUUUUAUAACUUAAUAUAUUUGAAAUUAAUAUCUUAAAACUAAAUGAUUUCAUUUUUUA